AGGACCGGGACCGCAUGCGGGCCCCUGCUCAGCCGUCCUCGAAGACCACUUCUGGGGAACUUGAUGAGAGCCUCGGAGUCCCAUCGCGCUGAACUUGGCUGUUGUGAAGAGCCCGGGAGCCUCUCGUGUUUCCUGUGACGCAGGGCAGCCGCGCCGCACCGCGCGCUUCGCAGCGCAGCGACCCGCUUAAGACAAAACAACAACAACAAAAAACGCGCGUCCGUCACUUCGGUCUUCUGAAACCAACCGACCCUGGCGUUUCUUAACGCGCCCUCGCCGACACACUAACCCGAGCACUGUCUGCGGGAGGAGAGGGACCCGGGCGCCAGAAGAUUGGACCGAGCUUGAGAAAGCUGCUGCAUAGAGGAAUUGACUGAUUCUCUUGAACGACCAUUCAAAAAAGAAGAAGGGGGAUUUCUGCUUUUGAUGAAUUUAUUUAGCAGAGCUGGACCCGGUCACCAGUGAGGAAUUUGGUGAACAUGCUCUGGUGAUGUGACGAACAGCUGGAGGCAGAAAACAUCUGUCUGACCUGUGACUCGGAGGGAGUGAACACCUGCUGCAGCGGAACAUAUUUCACGGGUUUGUGGAAGAAUGUGAAUCUGGAGCUGCUGAGACCUUAAUGCUGUGCUGCUUUUGACAUUUUAGAGAGGUAUGUCCGACACAGGAACCUGUACAACAACAAAACCUUCUGGUCAGUGUUCCUAGGGUGGGAGUGCCCCAGCUGUGGUCGACCAGGCCUUUUGGGUGAAUCCAUGGUCUGGCUCAUCCUGUCCUCGUCAUACAAUCUGCACUGCUGCUACGGCCACCUGACUGUUGACUGUGCGAUCAUAUCACUGCUCCCUUUCCCUGCUUCUCGACUUGCGGCAACAUGGCGAAGGGUUCGAGGCCCCCCAUUAUCUCCGGCCCCUGCUUCCUCUCUCUGCUGAUGCUCAAGAGUUGCUGGCUGCUAGGCUCCAACUCCCAGAAGCCUGCUGUAUUGGUGGACUCCCAGCAGCCCCUGCAAGAGUACGCCCACUCCAUCCGGCUGGAUGGUGACAUCAUCCUGGGUGGUUUGUUCCCUGUGCACGCUCGCGGGGAGAGGGGUGUACCCUGUGGCGAACUGAAGAAAGAAAAGGGAAUCCAUAGGCUGGAGGCCAUGCUGUUUGCCAUUGACCUCAUCAACAAGGACCCAGAACUGCUGCCCAACGUAACGCUUGGGGCACGAAUUCUGGACACAUGUUCACGUGACACCUACGCUCUGGAGCAGUCGCUCACUUUUGUCCAGGCGCUCAUCGAGAGGGAUGGCUCUGACGUGCGCUGUGCUAACGGUGACCCGCCCAUCUUUGCCAAACCGGAUAAGGUGGUGGGCGUCAUUGGGGCGUCGGCCAGCUCUGUGUCAAUCAUGGUGGCCAACAUCCUGCGACUGUUCAAGAUUCCUCAGAUCAGCUACGCUUCUACGGCUCCAGAGCUCAGCGACAACACCCGCUACGACUUCUUCUCCCGCGUGGUCCCCCCAGACUCCUACCAGGCUCAGGCCAUGCUGGACAUCGUGACGGCGAUGGGCUGGAACUACGUGUCCACGCUCGCCUCGGAGGGGAACUACGGCGAGAGCGGCGUGGAGGCCUUUGUCCAGAUCUCCAGGGAGUCAGGUGGGGUCUGCAUCGCUCAGUCACUGAAGGUUCCUCGGGAGCCGAGACCUGGCGAGUUCGACAAGAUCGUCCUUCGUCUGCUGGAGACAUCCAACGCCCGUGCUGUCAUCAUGUUUGCCAAUGAAGACGACAUCCGGCGAAUUCUGGAUGCGGCGAAACGUAACAACCUGACGGGCCACUUCCUGUGGGUGGGCUCUGACAGCUGGGGCUCUAAGAUCUCUCCGGUGGUCCAGCAGGAGCGUGUGGCUGAGGGCGCCAUUACCAUCCUCCCGAAGAGGGCGUCUGUGGACGCGUUCGACCGUUACUUCAAGAGCCGCUCUCUGUCAAACAACCGCAGGAACGUCUGGUUCGCAGAGUUCUGGGAGGAAAACUUCAGCUGUAAGCUGGGGAUGCACGGCAAGAGACCAGGCAGCCCCAAGAAAUGUACAGGGUUGGAGAAAGUCAGCCGUGACUCCACUUACGAGCAGGAGGGGAAAGUGCAGUUUGUGAUGGACGCUGUGUAUGCCAUGGCGCACGCGCUGCACCACAUGCACCGCGAGCUCUGCACAGGAUACCCUGGACUGUGUCCACGCAUGGCCAAUAUCGACGGCAAAGAGCUGCUGGCUCACGUUCGUGCCGUUAACUUCAAUGGAAGUGCAGGCACUCCAGUCAUCUUUAACGAGAACGGCGAUGCACCUGGACGCUACGACAUCUUCCAGUAUCAGAUCAACAACAGGUCAACGGCGGAGUAUAAGGUCAUCGGACACUGGACCAAUCAGCUGCAUCUAUAUAUGGAGGCGCUGCAGUGGACCUCUGGAGACUCCUCCCUGCCGGCCUCGGUGUGCAGCCUGCCCUGCCGGACUGGUGAGAGGAAGAAGGUGGUGAAGGGUGUCCCGUGCUGCUGGCACUGCGAGCGCUGUGAGGGAUACCACUUUCAGGCCAGCGAGUUCACCUGCGAGCUCUGCCCCUACGAGAAAAGACCAGAUCGGAACCGCACCGGCUGCCAGCCCAUCCCCAUCAUCAAGCUGGAGUGGCACUCGCCCUGGGCGCUAGUGCCCAUCUUCAUCUCCGUCCUGGGCAUCAUCGCCACCACCUUCGUCAUUGUCACCUUUGUCCGCUACAACGACACCCCCAUUGUGCGUGCCUCCGGGCGGGAGAUGAGCUAUGUGCUUCUGACAGGUAUCUUCCUGUGCUACAUCAUCACCUUCCCUAUGAUCGCUGCACCUGAUGUCGCUGUCUGCUCUUUCCGCCGCAUCUUCCUGGGCCUCGGCAUGUGCUUCAGCAAUGCCGCACUGCUCACCAAGACCAACCGCAUCCACCGCAUCUUCGAGCAGGGCAAGAAGGCCGUGACAGCACCACGCUUCAUCUCACCUGCAUCCCAGCUGGUCAUCACCUUCUCGCUCAUCUCUGUGCAGCUGCUGGGUGUCCUCAUGUGGUUCAUCGUUGACCCACCGCACACCUUUGUGGAUUAUGGAGAGCAGCGCACACAGGAUCCUGAAAACGCACGCGGCGUGCUCAAGUGUGACAUAUCUGACCUGUCGCUCAUCUGCUCACUGGGAUACAGCAUCCUCUUGAUGGUCACUUGCACUGUUUAUGCCAUCAAGACGCGUGGCGUGCCAGAGACCUUCAACGAGGCAAAACCCAUUGGAUUUACUAUGUACACAACCUGCAUCAUCUGGCUCGCGUUCAUCCCCAUCUUCUUUGGCACGGCACAGUCAGCAGAGCGGAUGUACAUCCAGACAGCCACGCUGACCGUCUCCCUCAGCCUCAGCGCCUGCGUGUCUCUGGGCAUGCUCUACAUGCCAAAGGUCUACAUCAUCAUCCUCCACCCCGAGCAGAACGUCCCCAAACGCAAACGCAGCUUCAAGGCCAUUGUCACCGUCGCCACCAUGACCAGCAAACUGUCGCAGCUGGCGGCUGAACGGCCCAACGGCGAGGUGAAGACGGAACUGUGUGAGGGUGUGGAGGCCAGCGUGCCACCAACAAAAACCACCUACGUCAGCUACACCAACCACGCCAUGUGAAGAAAUGGCUUCUUCCACUCGAAGACGUCCUGAACAAGGAGAUUUCUGUCAGACACAGAGGAGAUGUCACCAGAGCUCAAGAUAGGGAUGCUCUGAACAAUGUGGAGGAGCAGAAGGAGAAGGAACAUAUCUGUGGUGUCUUUGUGUUUACAGAUUCGAGCCUGAACGGCGCCAAAAACCUAAAGGAUCCCAACUCAAACCUAUCUGAGAAACUGCGAGGAAGCAGAAGGAUGGUGAAAAAAAAAUAAAAUAAUAAUCUUUAAAAGAAAACAAAAAAAGAAAUUAUGGAGACCAACCAUAUUUGUUGUUAUUCUAAUUGUACGUUUAAAAAAAUGUGGUUGUGAAAAUUUCUGAUUCUUGUCUCAUGUCGUCCGUCCGUCGACCUGCAUUAUGAGAUGAGUCCGUUGCUGUUCUCGGGUAACUGAGCUGUAGCUUUUGGUUGUGAACUGUCAAAAUGCCAUUGUUGAACUGAAGCAUGCUAGUUUUUAUACAAAUGAUUUAUUUAUAAUAAAGGAAUGUUUCACAA